CCCAGCCAAAAUGCCGACCACCACACAGGUAAGGUCAAAUUAUAUUAAAUUGUACCAACCAGGCUUGAGUCAGCAACUGAGCAUACUUUUUUAUUGCAUUUGCUCUGCCUAUAUAUAAAAGGUAAGCUCCCAUUCCGAUUUCCAUCAAACCAAGAUCCAAACCAUCUAGCACUCUAAUCUUUUCUCCCCCUUUCAACCUGAAACAGAAAUGGCAGUGUUCAAAUUGGAGUCGGACAAGCAAUUCAUCCGAACCUUCAAAGGCGAUCCGGAAUUACAUGUCUUCGAGUAUCUUGACGAUCCCAACGUUUUCGAGAUGAUCCGAGCCAGCAACAACCGCUGGAGACAACUCACCCGGGUCGGCCCGACCGGGGCGGCCCCCUUCAAGGUGCUGGAGGUACUGGGGGUGAGGAUCGGAGGCAACCAAUUGAAGAAUCUGGCCACGGAUUUGACCCUCACGGCUCGAGAUGGCCAAACCUUCCAUCUCAUCGUCAACCAUCAAGGCCUCUGUUUCCUGUACGUGGACAGCUCGCCUGUGAUGCGGCUGCGGGUCAAUGACUAUUUCGGUUGGUCCAAGUACGGGGUCAGCCCCGGGGUUGGUCCGAUCUGGAACAGGUGGGACAUGAGCAACGGCGCCGUUUUGGUGCCGGCUGCGGCGGCUCCUUCGUCCGAUUGCUGGAAGAAGCUUGCGGAGGAGAAGGACAAGCUAUUGGAGAAGAGCAAGGAGACAGAGUCGUUGCUCAGGCAGUCGAUUGCGGACAAGGAUAAGCAGUUGGCUGCUCUCAAGGCCUCCAUGAAAGCCUUGGUGCAGGAAGUGUGACCAAGUAACAAGCUCUGUGGAGUGGAUAUGUAGACUGAAAUAAAUAGAUCUCGUGCGUUGCGGCGGCAGCGAGAUGCACGAAAUCACUCUUUUGCGUUUGCUUGUCUAAAUUUGCUAUCUAUGUAUGAAGAAAGACUGUAAGCUAGCCUACCGUCAUUUCAAUGUUCCUCUGCGUUGACAUUUGGGCAGUUGUGAUCAAGAUCCAAUGCCGGCAAGUUCAAUGUUCCUAUGCAUAUUAAACUAGUUAAACGAAUUGUUAACUCGAUACUGUACUCAUAUAAAUGCAGCAAUUUAUGUCCUACGAGUUCGGGUUUUAUCCUAUCCGAUAAGGCUGGAUUCGGGCGGAUAUCCACGGUUACGGAUAUUUUUGCCAUCCCUAAAGUCAAGGCUUGUUGUUUGCUGCUCUGUUGUGAACCAAUUACGUACCAACAUUUGUCCGGAACUCUGGAUACUUGGAACCUGAAAUAUGUUGAAAGGUAAUGAAGAAAUUGAAACCAG